AUGUCAACCAUUCAACAACAACCACCUGAACUUAAUGCAUAUAACGAUAAAAUGAAUCAACUCCAAGAGGUUAUGUUAAACAGACAAAGAUUAUUAACACAAAAAAAUGAAAAUGAUAUGGUUAAGAAAGAGCUUGAAAUGUUAGAAGAUGAUGAUAUCAUAUAUAAAUUAGAAGAUGGAGAAUUAAAAGAAGAAGAUCCUCUUGAGGCUGAGAUGUGUGUUGAUCAACGAUUAGAAUAUCUUGAAAGUGAAUUAAAGAAAUGUGAUACAAAAGAGGCUGAUCUUCAAGUUCAAGUUAAAGAAUGUCAAAAGAAAUUAGCUGCCAUCCAGAAGGCUGCAAUAACUGGUCAAUCAAAAUAA